AUGUUUACUGAAACAAGAUUAACUAAUAUUACCAACGAACCUCAUGUUCCUUUUACAUUCAAAAAUUCUGAAAGUAAAAAUAAUUUUCCUUUAAAUUCAAAUUUUUUAUUAUUUAAUGAUCCUAGAUCUCGAAAUCAUUUAGAACAAACCAUUGAUGAUUUAUGUAAUCUUUACGAUGUUGAAGAAAUGAAAGGAAAUUAUGCUGCUUCCGUUUUAAAUUUAAUGGAUCAAUUUUUAGCUACUAGGAAUUUAAAACCUGAAGAUUUAAUUAAUUGGUCCGAAAUCAGAAAUUUAUCGAUUCGUUUAUUGGCAACUUCUUUAAUCAAUAUUCCUAAAAUUGUCUCUACUGAUAAUAAUAAUGAAUCGUCAGAAUAG